AUGCAGGGCUGGAUCGCUGUGCAACGAGCGGCGCUAGCCUCGGCUCGCGUGCAGCCUCAGGUUGCCAGUCGCGUUGCUAGAUCACUCCAAGAGUCGCGCUGGGGCCUACGCAACCAACAGCACCGGCAGGCAGCUCAGGCAGCGACUGUGCAGAAAGCGUCUGCAGCAGUGGAGCAGUCACCGGGGCCUCAGUGGUUGGCGCCUCUACACCCCGCACUCACUAGCCUGACGGGGAUGCUGCGACCGAACCGUGCCAGCUCGGCAAGGUCCCGAAACAGACACUCGAAAACCAUGAUCCCUGCGGUGAUUCAACGCUAUCAACAGCCUGACAUCUAUCUUAGUGUGCCGUUGGAGCCGCUCUAUGCGGACCUGCAUGUUUACCACCGCUGCGCUCGGAAUCGACGUAACUCACUGACGUUUUGCGGACCACUCUAUAACCUCAUUGUUUACACUGAUGAAGCGGCAUUAAGCGCUGUGCAAAACGGAUCAGCACAACCGAUCGACCACUGUUAUCGGGCUGUUCUACGACAGCUCCAAAUCGAUCCGGUGAACAUGCUGCCUAUUCAUGCGGGUUUUUAUGCCGUUGAUGUAUCGGGUGUACUGCACCCCCGUGGCUUUCGAAUGCGGCUGCCAGUUCGUCCGACCGAUCUGGAGGAAUGCACCGACCUUCAACUCGGGUUCGUGAACUGGAUCGUACGAGCCAUCGAUGUGUUCGUGGAGCGCGACGUGAUACCGCCUCCGUUUUUAGCAAUCAGUGUGGCGCGUAUGCAACUCGAAGAGCGGCGAUAUGGUCGGGAUAUUUGCUGUCCACCAGGUAUUCGUUUAGCACAUGGUAUCGAGGAUCUCCUCAUUCUCAAGCUGAAUCGCAGUGCACGCACUCGUUCCGGUUCCUAG